AUGGCACUCUUGUACAGGUUGGUUAAGUUGCCAGACCGUUUUCAGACCCAUGUGUUUACAUUCGUGGUGACCAAAUCAGUAACUCGUGAUCCAGACCGGGACGUUACGUCCAAGGAAUUUGCUUGUGGCCAUCAAAAAUGGUCAAUCACAUUCUCACGAACUGACAAGAUGUUAGGAGCGUACCUAGUGUGGAAGAGUGCUUCCGAAUCGGUGCGCGUUUAUGUGGAUUUUACGUUCACUAUACUCAACCGUGAACAUUUCAGCGUGAACGAAUCAUUUGCUGGUAAACAAGUGAAGUUUACGACGGACUGCCCGGCCCAGGGGAACCGAAAUUACAUACCGGUCAGCGACCUGUACGGCCGAAACUUCACGGACGCGAACGGCGAGUUCCAGCUGGAACUGUCCAUCGGUCACGUGCGCACGGUGUACGACACGGAGUUCGGCGUGCCCACGUCGCUCACGUCCCGGCUGAUGCACCACCACCACCAGAUCCAGAACCACCACAACCCGGCGGCCGGAAAUGCGCUCCAGCACCAGUACGGCACGGCGUCGCCCAGGGGGACCAAGUGCAAGCUGGAGACGUCGUACUUCACUUUCGGCGGAUUCGACUGGAACCUGGCGCUGUACCCGCACGGCGUCAAAGACGUAUCGUGUACUUCAGUUGAAGGCCGUAUGUCUGUAUAUUUGAACCGAUGCACAGGAUUCGACCAUCAAUGCCGUGUUCGGUACAUGUUGGUUUUGGGCGAUGGAGAAAAACGCCUAGACUCGGGAAUAUUGGAUGAUGUAUCCGAUUCAGAUGGGAAAAGCUAUGGCUGGCAUCCCAGAUAUAAGUUCUCCGAACUUGUUACAAAGGGCACGAUUCGGGUACAUCUCGAGAUGUUGUUGGCGAAUACCUUGAGUGAAGUUAUAUCCAGCAUAGUGAUAACGGGUAUCAACCAGCACGGGGUGUCGUCAGCAGCGUCCAGUGGCGUUGUGGCGUCGCCCACGAAAACGCAAUGUUACGACCGGGACAAGCACGCGUGGUCCAUAAGGAGCGAUUGCCAAUCGGAAACGGUGCGACUUCAUAUGGUCUACAAGGAUAUUCAGAACGUGCCCAGAAAUCAUCUCAGGUAUGUUUGUUGGACGGCUUACCUGCUGCGUUACCACGGUAAAACGGGCCACGUGGAACCGGUGCCAUUACCAGGUGCACCAUUCAGCCACUACUACGCCACUGACGCCACUGACGAAGGGAUUAUAAUGGAAACCGACAUAAGCGUCAAAGAGGUAAGUACGUGCCAAUGUUUUCCCCCGCGAAAUUAA